CCCACCUGCACCCUCACCCUGGCACCCUCACCCUGGCACCCAUGCUCUGCUGGUCAGAGGGGGUCGUCUGUUCGACAUUAACUACUAACUGAAUGUUAAGGCGACGGCGUAUUGGACCGAGUUUAAGGGCUUGGAUCAUUGUUUUGUCCGAGCAUCACGGGGACAAACGAAAGCAGCCAAUCACAAAAGUAAAUUCAUAUGACGAAGUCUUGAGUGACGUGCCUCUGGACCAAUCAUCAGAGACUCAACAGCUCGCCGGCCAAUCCUAAGUGUGUUUCUCGCUGGGGGUCGCGACGGGGUCUGGCGCUGAGCGGGGAAGGGGAGGAGUUUCGGGAGGCAGAGUGGAAGGGAAAUGGCGGCCGUGGCUGCAGAGCCAGCAGGAGCCGCGUCGGUUCCGACCGCAGCGACGGCAAUAGACGACACGGGUCCACUGGAACCCGGUCCGGGUAAGACGAUAUACUCGGGGGACGACCUCCCGACAGACGUUAGGCGAGAAUACGCCGCAGUGAGCGAUCCCGCUGGCCCCGGAGGGCUGAAGGAUGGGGACGUGGUGGAGGAAUGCGGCCAUGUCGGGCCCGCGGCGGGAACAACAGCACCCUCACCCCCGCGGACGACCGACACCGAGGAAAACCCCGAACUGUUCCCGAAUGACACCCCGACACUACCCGAAGGGGCGGGGGAGCCGUUCUCUCCCGGGCCGGUGGAGUACCGGAGUGUCAUGACGGACUCCCAGCCGUCUGCUGUGUUCCUCCUCUCGUUCCCAGCCCACCCGGCCGCCCCGGAGGCCGGCUUGUCCCUAGCAGAACCCGCCGAGCCCACCACCAACGUCACGGCGAACGACUACUACCAGAACCGAGCGGACCCGCUUAUCGUACACCAAGACUCGGACCUCAGUUACACCUCUCUGACCGCGGAGGACGCGAGGCCGCCGGACAAUUCCUCCUCCUCCUCCAUGCCGACCGAGCACACGGAGGAUGCUAGGGUAGACACGGUCCCGGGGAGAAGCCCGGACCGGACCAGCUCACCCGUCGGCACCGCCACCAUCAUGGACAUAGAAGCGGCAGCCACGGAUCACAGCACUACCUCCUACGGGGGUUGCUCCAGAACCCAACCGACCUGCUGUGUAGUAGACAGCGACCUGACCCCUUCGAAUCCCCCGGUCCCUGAGUCCGAAUUUCCCGGACCCGGUUCGCCCGGAUCUGGUUCGCCUAUACCUGGUUCGCCAAGACCCGGUUCGUCCUGUCCCUCGCCUCCGCGGGGACCGGGCGAGAGUAUGAACAUAAAGCAGGAGGUCCGGGAGGGUGAGUCCACGCCGGACGAAGAGUCCAAACCGGAGCCGCUGUCUGUCGAGCAGCUAUCGGCCGGGUCGGAGGUUCGGGUCUCCCUGGACCACAUCAUCGACGACGCCUUGGUGGUGUCCUUCCGGCUCGGGGAGAAGGUGUUCUCGGGGGUCCUGAUGGACCUGUCCCGCAGGUUCGGCCCCUACGGGAUCCCCAUCACGGUGUUUCCUGAGAGGAGCAAGCCGGCCCCCUCGCCGGCCCCCCCGCCGUCACAGGAAGCGGACGGCGCCGAGACGCUGCCGCCGCCGCCGCCCCGGACCUCCAAGCCCCCCCCCCUGUUCCAGGACGGCGCCCCGUACCCCCCGCCCCUCCUCAUCAGGGACUCCUACAACCAGGCCUUACCUCAGCCCCCUCCCCGCAAAAUCAAGCGGCCGAAGCGGCGCUACCGCUUCGAGGACCCGCCCACCUCCAUCAUGAACGCCAUCAAGCUCCGCCCCCGCCAGCUGCUGUGUGACAAGUGCAAGGGGCUGGUCUCGACCGGCGGGGGCGGGGCCCCGCGGGAGGCCCGGCGGGGGGGGGGGGGAGGAGGAGGGGGAGGAGCAGAGGAGGCGUCGCGGAGGAGGAGACACACGGACGCCGCCUCCGCCUCCUCCACGGCCGCCAAGCAACUGAGGACUGAGGUGAAGCCGCCGCCGCCCUCGUGCUCGGGCCGCGUGCUACGGGCCCCGCCCACCCGGCGCCUGAAGGCCACGCGGCCCGUCCUGAAGAAGCCCCGCCCCGCCGGGGCCCCCGUCCCCGCCGCCGCCCCCGCCCCCGCCCCCGCCCCCGGGCCCCUCCCCCCCGCCGGGGCCCCCGCCCUCCCGGGGGGGGGCGCGCGGGCCCUGACGCGGGCGGCGGCCCUGCAGGAGGCGACGCAGCACCAGAAGGUCCACUUCACGCGGCGGCUCCAGCAGCUGGGGCCCCCGCCGCGGGCCCCACUGCCCCCCCGCCUCCGCAUCAAACCUCAAAGGUAUCGUACCGACGACCCCGCCCCCGCGCCGCCGGCCACGCCCCCGCCCGCCCCUAUCCCCGCCCCCUCCCCGGGGGUGGCCAGCGUGGCCGUGGUGCUGAAGGAGCAGCAGGAGGAGGCGGGGGGGGAGGUGCGGGGGGGCAGUCUGCUGCUCUGUGUGGCCUUCAAGGCCCCCGCCGCCCCGCCCGCCUCCUCCUCCCCCUCCACCCCCUCGGCCUCCUCCUCGCUCCUCCUCGCCCCCCCCCUCAAGGGCCCCGGCUCUGAGGACGGCCCCGCCCCCGGCUCCGCCCCCCCAGGGGAGGGCCGGAGCCGGAGUGGGCGGCGCUGCGGGGCGGAGCGGGGUGUGUGUGUGGGGGACAUCGUGUGGGCCAAGAUCUCGGGGUUCCCCUGGUGGCCGGCCCAGGUGCUGGCCCUCAGGGGGGGGGGGGGCGGGGGGGCCCGGCGCGAGGAGGAGGAGGCGCGCGUGGCCUGGUUCGGCUCGCCCACCACCUCCUUCCUCCCCGUCGCCCAGCUGGCGCCCUUCCUGGAGAGCUUCCAGAGCCGCUUCGACAGGAAGAGGCGGGGCCCGUACCGCCGCGCCGUCACCGAGGCGGCGCGCGCGGCCACGCCCCUCCCCCCGGGGGUCCGCUCGCUGCUCACCCAGCUGGAGGCCUGAGACACACACACACACACACACACACACACACACACACACACACACACACACACACACACACACACACACACACACACACACACACACACACACACAG